UCUCAAAGCCUAGAGAUAAGCUUGUCGACGGACCACCAUCUUGUCUCCACGAUCAACAGCUUGAUUGGCAGGGGGGCUGCCAACACAUUCGGACACGUCUGUUCGUGGAGACUAUAUAACCCAACGCAUUGCCUUUUGUAUUGAACCAUACCAACAUCAUUCUCACCAUCAUCGACCUCAUCAGCAUCAACAUCACCCAAGAUGGGCUCCCAUCAGAAGGUCAACUAUGGUGAUAAACCCAUCCUCCUCUUCACCAGCAUCCCAGCAACUGGUCACAUAACUCCCACCCUCCGCAUAGCUUCCGCCCUCCAUGCUCGCGGCUGGCCCGUCUUCUACCUUGGCCCUACUGCCCACAAGGCCACCAUAUCCGCCACCGGAGUCCAGUUUCUCCCCUUUCUCGACGACGCAGACUUCAACGACUUGACGUACUUCGUCCCCCAGGGGGAGGGGGCCAUCACCGAAAAAGAUGCAGUGGUCCAAGGUACUACUUCUGAACCAACCUGGCGCGACCGCGUCUUCAGCGACUUCCGGGAGUUUUUCAUCUCCCCCAUUCCGGCUCGGCACCGCUCCCUAUGUGCCGCCUUAACCCACAUCCACCAGCUUUUCCCCCCUUCUUCUGCUCGAGUGGUAGUAGUAGCAGAAUCAACGUCCAACUUCCUCCUCCCUCUCUUCCACGGGGCCCCCCUCCCUCCUUCCAUUCCCAAGCCAAUCGGCUCCAUUGCUCUAAGCGUCAUGAUCCCUCCCCUCCGGUCUGUGGACAUCCCACCAUUGGUCUCUGAACCGAUAGAGUUUGAUACUACUCCUGCUUACCGAGAACGGGUCGCCAAGAUAUGGAGGGACUGGGAGAUGGAAACAAGGGGUCUAAAAGAGUUGCUGGUGGAGAAAGUGGAACAAGCAGGCGGCAAGGACUUUGCCAAAGCCAUGGAGACACGCGAAAGGGAAAAGGGUCGGGAAAGCUGGGCAUUGCUUAGCGGGGAGUGUUUUGUUGGGUAUGAUCACGUUUGUCAGAUUGGUGUUGAGAGUUGGUUUUACAAGACGGAAGAGGGGUGGCCGGCGAAUUGGCGGUUUGUCGGUGCGGUGCCCAAGUCGGUUCCUGUUCUUGAGGAAGCAAAGCAAGCCUUGGUGGAUGAGGUCAAGCUGGCGAGGGAGAAGGAAGGAAAGAAAGUGGUCGUGGUAGCGCAGGGAACCGUGGAGAUUGACCCGAGGCAUCUUAUCCUUCCAACCAUUCAAGCUUUGGGUGGACGAGAGGAAGACACCCUGGUGGUGGCCAUCUUGGGACACCGCGGCCGAACACUACCAAAGGACGUGGCAGUGCCCGCUAACGCAAAGGUGGUCGACUACCUCGCCUACGACGCCAUCCUCCCCCACACCGACGUCUUCGUGAGCAACGCUGGCUACGGUGCGGUGAUGCACGGCAUUGGUCACGGGGUGCCGAUGGUUGUCGCGGGAGAAGAACAGGACAAGAAGGAGAACGUUGUGCGGGUGCAGUGGCGUGGACAUGGAGUUAAACUGAGCAAGUCGUGGAGAGACGACAAGGAGUAUGUGAAGGAGUUAGCAGAGGCUGUUGGGAAAAUUAUGGACGAGGAGGAGGGGAGGGAAGUAAGAAAACGGGCCAUGGAACUGAAGGAGGAAGCGGACAGCAUCGAUUGCAUCAAGACCGUCGAGGAGUGCCUAUCCUCCUACUUGUAAUCCAUUAGUACACCUCAACAAACCAACCAACUAAACUAUAGCUUGCUCCCCUUCCCCUUCUUCUCAGGAGCAGCAGCCAUAGCCAUAGCCUCCGCCCUCUCCAUCACCUCCAAAUCCCUUGGCACCCUCACCGCCGUCUUAAUCACCUUCUUCACCACCUCCCCUCCCUCUGUCUGUUCUUCCUUCACCUCUUCCACCUCUUCCAUCCUGAAAUCGACUAAUACCACCCUCUCCACGUCUCCUCCUCGCCCACUGUCCAUCAACUCCCGUCCCGGUUUUGCCAGUCCCAGAAUCACCCGUCCGUUGCCAUAGCUCCCCUGUUUAGCAAAGCUCACCACCUCAGGACUCAUGACCUUCUCCGCCCACGGGAUGUCAGAGGUCGGAUGCUUCACUGAACUCGUC